GCGAUUGGCUAGCCGUGGCUGGCAGGGUAGGUUGCGCCCGGAGGGUGGCAGGCCUUCCUGACUGGCGAAGGGAUUGAAGCUUGGGGAUUGGGAAGCAGUCUUCAUUCUCUCCUUCGCUCCCCCCCCACCCUCUUGAGUAUCAGCUGGUGUUCUCAAGGAUGGGAGAUUGAUGUAGUCAGCAGUCUGGAACGUACAGCAUUGUAAGGGCUAAGAUUCAUCGCGUCCAACUCAUUAACUUUAGCAAUGACACCAUUCCCCUCCCAGCUAGUGCAGAUGGAUUAAUUGCACAUUGGAGGUGCCUGUUUGAAAUGGCACUGGAUGCUGGGCUCCCCCAGCCUGCUCUCAGGGCACCUUCCAAUAUCACUGGCUUCUGCCCCCACCCAGCCUAAAGUCUUCUUCCUCCAGCCCCAGGCGCCUUCCACCAGUACUGCUAUUACAUUCCUGGGUUCAUUCACACAGCACUAGUCCGGCCCCACCCACCCUAGGCUCUCUUCAGUGGCAUCAGCCCUGGCUUGCUCCCCAUUGUGGGUUCUUUUUUAUCCUGGUUUGUACAUGAUGAUUCCAGAGCGGGAUGGUCGGCCACCCAGGCUGUAAUGUCGUCCCUGACGACCUCCCAUGAGGGCAAGAGCACCACUCCCAGGUUUUUUGUUGGUACCAGAGAUGAUGAGACAGACUUUCUGGGAUCAAACAUGAAGACAGACGAGAUUGAUUUCUUUGAGGACGAUGAGGAGUCAGAGUCGCCUCCAGAACGGCAGAUUGUGGUCGGAAUCUGUGCCAUGACCAAAAAGUCCAAGUCAAAGCCCAUGACCCAGAUCCUGGAACGUCUGUGCAAGUUUGAGUACAUCACAGUGGUGAUCAUGGGAGAAGAUGUCAUUCUGAACGAGCCAGUGGAGAACUGGCCUCCUUGCGACUGCCUCAUUUCCUUCCACUCUAAAGGAUUCCCUCUGGAUAAGGCAGUUGCUUACGCCAAGUUGUGCAAUCCGUUUCUGAUUAAUGACCUUGAUAUGCAGUAUUACAUCCAGGACAGGCGAGAAGUGUACCGGAUCCUGCAGGAAGAGGGCAUAGACUUGCCCCGCUAUGCUGUGCUUAAUCGAGAUCCUGACAAGCCGGAUGAGUGCAACCUAGUGGAGGGAGAGGACCAAGUGGAGGUGAAUGGAGCCGUUUUCCCAAAGCCGUUUGUAGAGAAGCCAGUCAGUGCGGAGGAUCACAAUGUUUAUAUUUACUACCCAACUUCGGCAGGUGGGGGCAGCCAGAGGCUCUUCCGGAAGAUCGGUAGCCGGAGCAGUGUUUACUCCCCUGAAAGCAGUGUACGGAAAACGGGCUCGUACAUUUACGAGGAGUUCAUGCCUACAGAUGGCACUGAUGUCAAGGUGUACACAGUUGGGCCGGAUUAUGCCCAUGCGGAAGCCCGGAAGUCCCCUGCUCUGGACGGGAAAGUUGAACGGGACAGUGAGGGGAAAGAAAUCCGCUAUCCGGUCAUGCUGACUGCCAUGGAGAAGUUAGUUGCCAGGAAAGUCUGUGUUGCCUUUAAGCAGACAGUGUGUGGGUUUGACCUUCUGCGGGCAAAUGGCCACUCCUUUGUCUGUGAUGUGAAUGGGUUCAGCUUUGUGAAGAACUCCAUGAAGUAUUAUGAUGACUGCGCCAAAAUUCUUGGGAAUAUAAUCAUGCGGGAAUUGGCUCCCCAGUUCCAGAUUCCCUGGUCCAUCCCAACGGAGGCAGAGGAUAUUCCCAUUGUCCCCACAACUUCAGGCACCAUGAUGGAGCUGCGCUGUGUUAUUGCAGUGAUACGGCAUGGAGACCGCACCCCCAAGCAGAAGAUGAAGAUGGAGGUUAAACACUCUAGGUUCUUCGAAUUAUUUGAGAAAUAUGAUGGCUACAAGACAGGGAAGCUGAAGCUGAAGAAACCAGAGCAGCUGCAGGAAGUGCUGGAUAUUGCUCGCCUGCUAGUGGUGGAGUUGGGAACUCACAAUGACACUGAGAUCGAGGAGAGGAAGUCCAAACUGGAGCAGCUAAAAACUGUCCUGGAAAUGUACGGACAUUUCUCUGGCAUUAACCGCAAGGUGCAGCUAACCUACCUGCCUCGUGGACACCCAAAAGCUUCCAGUGAAGACGAAGAUGCCCGUAAGGAGCCCUCCCCAUCUCUGCUACUGGUGCUGAAAUGGGGUGGAGAGCUGACCCCAGCAGGAAGGGUCCAGGCAGAAGAGCUUGGUCGGGCCUUUCGCUGUAUGUACCCUGGAGGCCAAGGUGACUAUGCUGGCUUCCCAGGGUGUGGCCUGCUCAGACUGCAUAGCACCUACCGUCAUGACCUCAAGAUCUAUGCUUCAGAUGAGGGCAGGGUUCAGAUGACAGCAGCAGCUUUUGCAAAGGGUCUCCUGGCUCUGGAGGGAGAGCUAACCCCCAUCUUGGUACAAAUGGUAAAAAGUGCCAAUAUGAAUGGGCUGUUGGACAGUGAUAGCGACUCCCUCAGCAGCUGCCAGCACAGAGUGAAGGCACGGCUGCAUGAAAUCAUGCAGAAGGAUGCCAAGUUCUGCGAGGAGGAUUACGAAAAGUUAGCACCAACAGGCAGCAUCUCGCUGGUCAACUCCAUGACUUUCAUCCAGAACCCAGUAGAGAUCUGUGACAAGGUGUUUGCCCUAAUCGAAAACCUCACUUCCCAGAUAUGCAAACGUCUGGAAGAUCCCAAAUCUGCAGACCUGCAGCUGUACCACAGUGAGACUUUGGAGCUGAUGCUGCAGCGCUGGAGCAAGUUGGAGAGGGAUUUCCGCAUGAAGAAUGGGCGCUAUGACAUCAGCAAGAUCCCUGAUAUCUAUGACUGCAUCAAAUAUGAUGUACAACACAAUUGCACUCUGAAGCUGGAGGGCACUGCUGAACUCUUCAAACUCUCCAAAGCCUUGGCAGAUGUGAUCAUACCCCAGGAAUAUGGGAUUAAUAAGGAGGAGAAGCUGGAGAUUGCUAUUGGCUUCUGUCUUCCUCUCAUCAAGAAGAUCCAGUUGGACCUGCAAAGAACCCAUGAGGAUGAGUCUGUCAACAAGCUGCACCCUUUAUACUCAAGAGGAGUCCUGUCCCCAGGUCGCCAUGUACGGACACGGUUAUACUUUACCAGCGAGAGCCAUGUACAUUCCCUGCUCAGCAUCUUCCGCUAUGGGGGGCUCUUGGAUGAGUCCAAGGACCAGCAGUGGAAGAGAGCCAUGGACUAUUUGAGUGCUAUCUCAGAACUGAACUACAUGACCCAGAUUGUUAUCAUGCUGUACGAGGACAACAACAAGGACCCAUCUUCAGAGGAGCGUUUUCACGUGGAGCUUCAUUUCAGCCCAGGUGUGAAGGGAUGUGAGGAAGAUGGAAGUGCCCCUACAGGGUUUGGCUUUCGGCCUGCAUCAGCAGAAAAUGAUGACAAGAAGCCAAACCAGGGCAGCAUGGAGGAUCUCUCCAAAGUGAAGAGCAUUGAUGGGACAGACCAAGCACAAGAAAGGUCAUCCCAGCCCUCUGAGCCAGUCUGCAUUCCGCGGAGAUCGCCCUUGAUCCGCAACCGGAAAACUGGAUCCAUGGAGGUGCUGUCAGAGUCCUCUUCCAAAACUGGAGGGUAUCGUCUCUUCUCCUCCUACUCCAGACAAUCUUCCGAAAUGAAGCAAAGUGGCCUAGAGCUCUUGUCUAUGCCAGCCGUAAAACGAUUUUCUGUGUCGUUUGCAAAGCAUCCGACUAAUGAUGUGCUUGAACACCACCGUGUUGCCCAGCUGCUGUGCCGUUUUUCCUCUGAUUAUGCCAUGAGACGGAAUAUCUCCUUGGAUGCCACUCUGGCCCACCACCUACAUCAGUGUUCCUACCACCUGCGUCUCUUCAGGAGCUGGCUGAUCUCAGGCCAGGAUGACUUGGAGUGCCUCUACGGUUUUGAAGGCUGCUCCAUGGUUCCCACCAUUUACCCACUGGAGACCCUGCACAACUCCCUCUCUUUGCGACAGGUCAAUGAGUUCCUGACAUCUGUGUGCAGGAGUUACAGCAACUCGCAUUCUCGAGCAUCCACAGCUCUGUUUGAUUCCAUGAUUGGAAGCCAGACACCCGGUGACCCCUUCAUGCCUCAGAGAAUCCUCUCAUCCUCAUCUCUGCCAUUGCGCCAGCGCUCUGACAAACCGCCAUGGUACAGCAGUGGCCCUUCCAGCACUGUCUCCAGUGCAGGCCCCUCCUCCCCGACCUCAAUGGAGAUCUACGCUCGCUUCGGCUUCACUGAGAAACCUUCCAUCAGUCCCCAAAUAAGUGAAGAGCGACUGAACUGCCAGCCCCCUGAACAGAGUGAGAUGGAGCCCUUGGGGGAGGCACUUGAGUUGGAGCUGGGUGGGUCUGGGCCCUUGGUAGACAACCCCCUGGGAGAGAUGCCAGAACAAGGCCUGAUGAGGGUGCCAGGGCUCUUGGAGGUCCCAGAGCCAAGCAAGGAGGAACCAUCUGAGGACAUGCCAGAACAGGGCAAGACCAGGGUACUGGAACUGGGCAAGACCAGGCUGUCUGGAGAGACAUCUGAAAAAGAUGAGUUGGUGGAGCUGGAGCAGGGUGAGGAGAAGCCAGCUGGGGGAACAUGGGAGCUGGGUGAGAAAGGGAAGCUGGAGCCAGGUGAGAGAGGGCUGUCUGGGAAGAUGUCAGAUCCAGGUGAAGAGGGGCCAGCUGGGGAGAUGUUAGAACCAGAUGUGAUCAGGCCACUAGUGCCAGGGGAGACAUCUGAGCUGGAUGAGGAGGAGCCAGUGAUGCAGAUGUUGGAGCAAAGUGAGGGGCAGCUGGUGGAAAUACUGGAGAAGGAAGAAGAGGAGCUGUCCACAGAUAAUGCUGUGUCAGAUCGGCAUCCAUCCAGUCAUCCGUAUCGGGAACAACAGCUGUCCAGUGAGAAUAGUGUUGAGGACGAGCAGCCUGCUAGUCAGCAGGAGCUACAGAACUAGCAUCUCCCUCUGUGGCAAGCAUGCUGGGAAGAAAAGAGAAUCCCCGAGACAGUCAAUGUCUGGAAGCAGUAUGAUUCCCCAGUCGUGGAGUGGACUCGGCUGUGCCCAUAUCUUCCAUAAUGUUUCUAGCCCUCCAGUCAACCCGCUGGGCAGAUGUUACAUCACUCCCUGCUCAGCACAGCUGGCACUCCAAGGCUCUGACUAUCGGAGACUGGUCUAUGGAUCAUUCAAGGGACAGGGGAAAAGUCUGUUCUGUUCAGAGACACCAGUCAGCUUGUCACCACCUGACAAGGGACACGCAUCCCUGCCUUCCUUAAAUAGAAAACAAAGUCAGCGCUGGGUGAGCAGGGGCAACUCCCACUGAAGUCCUAGGGAGUGCUUUGGCUUGCUUUUUCAGCGGCACUGGAACCAGGAGUGAAGGGGAGGUGGGUCCACAGCUGUCAGGGUAAUGAGGCCAAAGGAGGUGCCUGCUGCCUGCAGCUGGUGUCAGCCCACUGACUGCAUGGAGAGGGGCACAGGGUCUGGUAGACAAGGGCAUUGUGGCAGCCACAAGCCUCAUCAGAACAUACAAGAGCUGCAUGUUUGUGCUGACCAGCUGCACUGUGGUGUUGGUCUCCUGCUCUCUGGCUGUUGGAAUAAACCAGGGGAAGAGAUUUGAGGGCAGCUUGAGGGUCUUGGUUAAGCUGCAGUGUCCUUGGAAGCAGGAGAAUGAUCCCGAGUCUUGGCAAGGGUGCACGAUCGGUGUGAUGAGAGUGCCUUUGUAAGCUGGUGGCUUCUGGAACGGAGAAAUCCUAGCCUGCAGGUUCAUGACAAGCCUGUUCAGAAAUGGCUUUUAUGUGACUGAAUGAAAAAUAGGUAACACUGGGCAUUGCCUGCUGCCAAACCAGCUCCUUCCUUCUGUGGGCCCUGCUGCCCCUACCCAGCCUGACUGCUUCACUUGCCAGGUCUGGUAACUGUCUGCUUCUCUCACCUCGCCUGUCAGUCACCCCCAGGUGGGGAUGGUUGUGGGGGGGCACAGAGGCAAGUCUGAUUGUAGGGAGAAACACUGGCAGGGGGCAUGGGACAGAGAGGGUAAUGGGGGUGGGAUGAGAAGCUUUACUUAGAGCACUGCAGGGACAGGUUGGGGACCACUGCUUGUGGGGGGACCCCUUUCAGUGGCUGACCCUUGUGUGUUCCCUUUGGGCUGGGAUUCUGCAGGGAGGGGCAUGGUACCCACUCUAGGAGGGGUGCACGGCGGGUACACAGACGGGUCUUUCUGGUCCCUGAGGGCUGAAUGAGGUUUGAGCUCUGAGCCCUGCAGUGACAGAAACAAAGUGCAACUGCUUUUUGAGCAAAUCAGGUUUUAUUUGUAAGGCACUGAUAAGGAGAAAUCGCUAUUGUGAAUAAAGUACAAACUAUUUAAUAUAUAUUUAUGUAAAUGAGCAUCAAGCACAAGCCCAGAGGCAUGGUAACUACAGGGGUCCUGCUUCCUGAGCCAUUGCAGGUAGAGGAUUCCCCAUCUGCAGUGGCAGGGGCUGUGAUGUCACCUCUUCAGCAAAGUGACAAUCUGCCAGAGCAAGUGUAUUCCUUUGUCCUGCCUAUAGGGCAGGACUGUAUUUAUGGUACAGGUUUGUCUGUGUCUGUAGUCUCUGGGGAAGCUGUACCCAAAGAUCUCUGCGCUAUAUCAGGAUGUGUAUGUUCACAGUAAACAUGCUACACUAUA